AUGGCGCCAGACACGUUCCAGUUUAUCCUACACGACGCCGAGAGACCGGAGUCACAGCAGCAAGCCCGCGCCCACGCGGCCCGGGUUGCUCACUCCCGGAAAAGGCAGUUUCGUCUGAUAGAAUAUCACGCUGGCAAGAAGAAUAAGAGUCGAAAAAAAGACAAGACUGCCGCUCGACACAAGAAACCAGCGGAAUCUAGGCCGUCCAGUCUGGAGAUCGCCAUUGCAGAGGACCUGCUCAUACCAAGUCCCGUCUCGCAGCUGGCCUCGGACCGGACGGAUCCUUUUGUCAGCUCGGCGAGGUCUUUUACUCAGGAUGAGCACUUUCUGUUUGACUAUUUCAUCCAAACCAUACUCCCGGACGAAAGCGCCCGGUGCGGAUUCGCCUUGGCCAUGACGGCGGACAAAUGGAGCCAACUCGUAGAGAAAGAGUGGAUGCCAUUUGCCCUUAGUCAAUUAGACGCUCUGGAUAGUUUUUUUAUGCAUGCAUGCCGGCAUUUCUUGGUGUUCCAGCACCAGCAGCAUCGACCGGAUCGACAACGGCACUUUAUGCAGCUAGCCACGAGGUACAAGCUGGCCUGUCUGCGGGCUGUGAACGAGGCUAUUUCGGCGGGAUUCUCGGUGUCGAUUAACAACGCGACGGUUGCGACGGUGGUGCUGCUGGGGUUUGAUGAGAUGGCGCUUGGCGACAUGGCCUUGUCCAAAUCUCAUGCCCAAGGGGCGCUGCAGAUUAUAGAACACAAUGGAGGGUUCCAGACACUCGGUAUGAAUGGGUUUUUGGAGUCUCUUUUUUACAAGCUCUGGGGAGGGACCUAG